GGAAGUCAGAGGCACAUGUGGGGUGUGUCCAAAACACACAAUUGAGUAAUGCACAGCUAUCACUAUCUUAGUUUGGAAGUGUUUGAAUUAAACAAUCACUGGACAAGAGAGAAAAUGUUGGAUUGAACAGCAGCUCUUGCUCAGGGAUCAUAGUAAUGCAGGAGUAAACUCGUUCACACAUCAAAGACAUGGAGCCCCUCAAGAGCUGAUAUUCACUUAAGGAUCUUGUUCAUGACAGCCUAUAUAGAGAUGUCGGGUGACACCAGUACGUUGUCAUGGAAACCAACUCCAGCCGGCCUGCCACAGGAGUCAACUGUUGAGAUGGAGAAUAAAUGCGGAGGGCGGGUGAAAAUCCUCAAAGUGUGCUUCAUAAGCAACAGCGCCAACCUGGGCAAGAACUUCAAACUGGUCAAAUGUGAAAGUUCCUGGAAUAUCAGGAAAAUAAUUCAGUCCAUUCUGGACAGCGGGCGCCUUGGUCCCAACAUCAAGUUUCCGGAAUGCUACGGUCUGCUGCUCAAACAUCUGAAAUCAGACGAGGUUCACUGGCUUCACCCAAACCUGACCGUAGCAGACGUGGAGCAGAAAUAUGAACAACAACACGUCGAGGCAGAGUGGAGAUAUGAUUUAAGGAUCCGAUACAUUUCUCCUGAUUUCCUUGAGGAGUUAAAGGAAGACAAAACAACUAUGCUCUACUUCUACCAGCAGGUUCGCAGUGACUACAUGCAGCACAGCGCUAGCAGAGUCAGUGAUGGGAUGGCCUUACAGUUGGGCUGUCUUGAGAUCAGGAGAUUUUAUAAAGACAUGAAUGCCCACGGACUGGAGAAAAAAUCAAAUUUUGAGUUCCUUGAGAAAGACGUUGGCCUGGAAUUGUUUUUUCCUCAAGAAUUAAUUCACAGUAUGAAGCCGAAGCAUCUGAGGAAACUGAUCCAGCAAACGUUCCAACAGUUUGCUUUGCUAAAGGAGGAGCAGUGUAUCAUGAAGUUCUUUGAGACGUUAUCUGUGUUUUCAAGUUUUGAUGAGGAAGUAUUUCCUUGUGAGCUGGUGCAAGGUUGGAGUGUGUCUGUGGAUCUGGUUAUCGGCCCUAAAGGUAUUCGGCAACGCACAGACAAAAGCUGUGUGCCUGUCUGUCUAGCCACUUUUGCACAAAUUCGAAGUAUUAAAUGCUCUCUUCAAAAUGAUGGCAAGGCGCUGUUAAAUGUAGAUAUAGAAGGAGCUAAACAGCCAUUGUCCAUCAGCACAUCUUCUCUGGCUAUUGCUGAGAACAUGGCUGAUUUAAUCGACGGCUACUGUCGUUUAGAGCACGGCAAGGAGAUGUCUUUAAUAGUGCAGCCUAGUAAAGACAGAGAAGCCAGAAUCUUUCUACCUCCUUUACCCGGCGGUAAGGAAAAUAGCAGAUCUGGCGGAGAAAGCACAAAUUCAGAUAUUUAUGCAGAGAUACCAGAAGAUAAACCAGUUACAACAGGUAAAUUCAGCCUCUCGCGGAAUGAUAUUGUCCUCGGACGAAUUCUGGGUGAAGGUUUCUUUGGUGAAGUUCAUGAUGGCAUCUACAAAAGCAAGUCAGGGGAUAGAGUGAAUGUGGCCGUAAAAACAUGCAAAGACUGCACUGCUGACGUCAAGGAAAAAUUCAUGAGUGAAGCUUUGAUCAUGAAGAAAUUGGACCAUCCACACAUCGUGAGACUCAUAGGAAUUAUAGAAGAGGAUCCAGUGUGGAUUGUUAUGGAGCUUUACCAGUAUGGAGAGCUAGGAAAUUACCUGAUGGAGAAUGAGCACAAACUGACUAAUGUCACCCUGAUGCUGUACAGUCUGCAGAUCAGUAAAGCUCUGGCUUACCUAGAGGGCAUCAAUAUGGUACACAGAGACAUUGCUGUAAGAAACGUGCUAGUCGCUAAACCAGACUGCGUAAAGCUGGGAGACUUUGGCUUGUCCAGAUAUAUAGAAGAAGAGGAGUAUUAUAAAGCCUCUGUGACUCGAUUACCCAUCAAAUGGAUGGCUCCAGAGUCCAUCAACUUCAGACGGUUUACCUCGGCGAGUGAUGUCUGGAUGUUCGCAGUGUGUAUGUGGGAGAUCAUGAGUCGAGGUCAGCAGCCGUUCUUCUGGCUGGAGAACAAGGACGUGAUCAACCAGUUGGAGCAGGGGGUUCGUCUGCCCAAACCCGAGCAGUGCCCGCCCACCCUCUACUCUCUCAUGACCCACUGCUGGGCCUACGUCCCUCGCGAGAGACCCAGUUUCACUGAACUUGUGUGCAAGCUGAGUGAUCUCCACAAAAUAGAGACUCAAGAAGAGGUGGACCAGAAGCGAUACAGAGCACGCUCCAUGAAUACACUCUCAAGUAUACCUUUUACUGAUGCUCCACCUAAGCCAUCAAGAAUAAAAGCAUCAGGCUUUAACACUCUCGGUCCACGGCUACAUUAUCAGGAACGGGGGUUUUUGGAACCCAGCAGUAAGGAAGAUGCCCAGCAACUGUGGGAAUUGGAGCGACAGCAUGUGCAGGAGACUUUAAAGAGACAGAAACAGGAAAUGCUGGAGGACAACCAGUGGCUGGAGAAAGAAGAGAAGCUUCUGGAUCCAUUUGCCAAUGAUGACACAAUGGCCAAAGUGAUGUCAGAAAACGAGACAGACCAAGCUGAUUUCCAAGGUCCCCCAGAGAAGCCCCCACGGGUGUUCGCUCAGCCGGCUCCCACAGCAGAACUGGACCGUACAGAUGAUCUGGUCUACCAUAAUGUCAUGGAGAUGGUGAAGGUGGUGGUACAGCUAAAGAAUGAUGUCAACACAUUACCGGCCUCCGAGUACGUCAACGUUGUGAAGUCGGUAGGGAUGACACUGCGCAGUCUAAUCCACAGUGUGGAAGAGAUUCUACCAACUCUUCAUGAGUCCAUCAGAUCUGAGAUUGAAGGAACUCAGAAGCUGUUGAAUAAAGAUCUAGCCGAGUUGAUCAGUAAGAUGCGUCUGGCUCAGCAGAACUCCAUCACUUCUCUGAAAGAUGAGUGUAAGAAACAGAUGCUGGCCGCUGCUCACACACUCGCCAUGGACUCCAAGAACCUCCUGGACGCUGUGGACCAGGCCAGAGUACGAGCCAAUGUAGCCAAACCCCUCACACCGUAGAUCUGAUCUCUGGAUGCUGGACGGGUGUGUUAAUCCAAUGGGUAGAAUGGAGGAUGAAUUCAAUUAUAAAUUACCUGGCACAACUUGCUUUAUUUAUGCUUAUUAAUGAUUCUGAAAGCAGUGCUUUCAGCAUUGUUGUGAAAUUGAGAAUUAUGCUUGUGGUCAUUUUUAUUUCAAAAGUCAGUUUGAUGUCUGCAAUGUUUGUGGAAAUAAAUGACAAACUUGUGCAGUUUUGUCAUUUCCAAGCAUUUUUACUCUAAACAUCAACAAAUAUAUAUUUCUAGAAAAUAAAUGUAUAAUCAUUUUAAUAUGCAUCUCUAUAUAGUAUAGCUAAUUUUUAAUCACAAAAAUGCCCAAUUAAUUAAUAUUUUAGUAUUAUCUCUGCCUCUUACUAGUCUUGCAUAUUUACAAUAAGUUACAGGGUUCCUGCACUUCAUGUACAAUGAAAUUUCAUAUUGUUUCUAGUUGUUUGUGAUGACUGGAUAAGGAUUUAAAAAAUAUACCGUAUAUAUAUAUAUAUAUACUGUAUAUACACACAUAUACUGUAUACACUGAACUUUCCUCAUUGAAUAAGUUAGUUUAAACAUGAACUUGGAAAUAUUAUGUCAAUUCUACAUAAAUACUCAAUUUAAACGUAAAAAAUAAUGCAUUAGUUUAUAAGUAAAUAUUAUUUAUGAUUGUUAUGUUUAAAACGUGUCAUUUAUAAUAAUCUAAAGAAUUAUGCCUUGUAAUAUUUAUUCACUAAUUUGAGUAAAUUUCACAGGAAAUAAAAUAAUUAAAUUGUACUUUUCGAAGCUGGUGUUCCCAGCAUGUGGGCUUGAAUAAUUAAUGAGCUUGCAUGGUUUCAGUAUUUGCAAGUUUAUUUACACCAUUUUUAUUGUUGAAUUUGUUGUUACGUAUGGUAACUUCUUAUUUUCUGAAGUUUAUUUUGUACUUUGUAAUUAUCUGUUCAUGAUUUAAAAGAAAAAGAAAUCUGUUUGUUACGGUCAUCGUGUUUUGUGAACCAAGUGUUGAGGUCUGCGUGAUCAGCUCUGUUUCAUUAUUUUAUUGCCUAUUAAGCAAGGUGAUGUUGUCUUAUAGACUACAUAGCAUGCAUUAAGUUUCCCUGUGGAAGGCAAGGAAAGUAAAAAUGUGAAAAGUAAUUAAAUGUUUAUCUUGAAAUUUUACUAAGUAUAUUUAAGUACCACGUACAUCAGAUUUAUAAGUAAAAGUUACUGUUUUAACUGAAAUGUUUAAGUUAAAUGUACUCACUUUAAUAAAUAUUAUGUCAUGAAGUUAAGUAGAGUGUAUUAGUUUUAUACCAUUCAAAUGUACUAAAAUCUUGUAUUCAAAUGAAAUAAAACUGUGCAAAAACUUGCGGGAAAAAAAAUUA